UGCACUAUGUUGCCAUUGAUGCUCUGUUGAAUCUAGCUACUCACUGAAUUCAAUCCAAUAACAAGUCUAUAGACGGUUCUCGCUUUAGAAUGAGUGGCGUCCUUUCUUACCGGACCUCUCUACAGCUGACCUUGAAGUUGGUACUUUUGUUAUGUGUUACUAUUCCGUUUGCUUUUGCUCUUAACAAAUUUCAAGAUCACCAAUACCUGAUACCUAGGAGCGCAGUCAAAACGAAUCGUCCAAUUAUAGGUAUUUUGACUCAAGAAACCAAUGCCGAUCUUACGCAAUUUGGUUACCAAUACCUUAGCGCUCUUUACGUGAAGACUUUGGAAUCUGCGGGGGCUCGAGCUGCCCCAGUUUUUGUCAAUUCCAGCACAGAAGAAAUAGAAAAGAUGUUUCAUUCUUUAAAUGGGUUGAUUUUUCCAGGAGGCCAUGUCAAGUUAAACAUGUCUAGAUACACAACAGUCGGAAAGAAGUUCCUCAACCUUGCUGUUAAGGCCUACGAUGAAACAGGAGACGUAUUUCCUAUCUGGGCCGAGUGUUUGGGAUUUGAAUUAAUUUCACUGAUAGUCAGUGGAAGGAACUUAAGGUUUGGUCAAUAUGACCAGUCGUUUCUCAGCCUCACAGAUGCAAGAAACAUCAGUUUAAAGUUUGUCUUACCUUCAGGUUAUAAGUCAACGAAAUUGUUAGGGUCUGCCCCUGAUAAUAUCAUAAAGUACAUGACACAAAAUGAUGUCAACUACAACAAUCACAACAGAGGUUUGAUACCUGAGGUAUUCCAUAAAGAUCAAAAUUUAAGGGAGUUUUUUAAGAUAGUCUCCACGAGUAAUGACAGAAAAGGAAAGCCGUUUAUCGCUACUAUGGAAGCCCGUAAAUAUCCUAUUUACAUGUUUCAGUGGCAUCCGGGGAAGCCUUUGUUUGAGUGGUCAACAGUGAAAGAUAUCAGACACACACAGGAGGCUAUUCUGAUAGCACAAUAUUUCGCAGAUUUCUUUGUAAAUCAAGCUCGUUUAAGUGACCACCAGUUCCCAAGCACAGAGGAGGAGAAAAAAGCAUUGAUUUACAACUAUGCACCAACAUACACUGGAGAUGUCGUAUCAGUGUUGCAAAUGUACUUUUGGUGAUUAUGAACCUCCUGGAAAUGACUGAAGUAUGCUGAUUGUUUUUAAGCCGAAGACCCUUAUGCAGUGUGUUGUCGAGUUUGCGGGUAUAGAUUAUGUGGAAAAUAGAAGUUGAGAAUUUUGGUCCGCUUGGCGCCAUGAACUUUCGAACUGCCUCUUUGAUAGCCUGAUGUAGCCUUCCAUUGUAAAUUUGAAUGUUUGUUAGACUGCAAGGGAACUAAGUUCAUACACUGAGCCCAACUAUUUAGUUGUACAGCAGCUAGCUUAGCGUCUGUCUCGAACAGCAAAUAUACAAACAUCAGGAAACAAUUGAGCAAAGCACAAUAUCUAUUCCA